CAGAGGUUAGAUAGAAUAUGGCUCUCUCCAGAGGUUUGAGAUGCUGUCAAAGGGUUUUCUCCUGGAUACCUGUGCUUAUAAUAACCUCGGUGGUGUUGUGGUCGUACUACGCCUACGUCUUUGAGCUAUGUCUUUUCACAAUUACCAACACAUUAGAAAAAGUGGCCUAUCUCCUGGUGUUUCAUGUGUGCUUUGUGAUGUUCUCCUGGACAUACUGGAAGUCCAUUUUCACCCCUCCUGCAACACCAUGCAAAAAGUUUCAGCUUUCAUACUCAGACAAGCAGAGAUACGAGAUGGAAGAGAGGCCAGAUGCCCAGAAACAGAUCCUGGUUGAGAUUGCAAAGAAGCUGCCCAUCGUUACUCGAGCUCAGUCUGGAGCUAUCAGGUUCUGCGACCGCUGCCAGGUGCUGAAGCCUGACCGCUGUCACCACUGCUCGGUUUGUGAAACCUGUGUCUUGAAGAUGGACCAUCACUGUCCCUGGGUGAACAACUGCGUGGGAUUUUCCAACUACAAGUUCUUCCUGCUCUUCCUCUCCUACUCCAUGCUGUACUGUGUGUUUAUAGCUGCAACAGUCUUUCAGUAUUUCCUGAAAUUCUGGAAGGGGGACUUGCCAAAUGGGCCUGCAAAGUUCCAUGUCCUCUUCCUCAUGUUUGUGGCGCUCAUGUUCUUUGUGAGUCUCAUGUUCCUCUUUGGCUACCACUGUUGGUUAGUGGCCAAAAACCGAUCCACUUUAGAGGCCUUCUCAGCUCCAGUUUUUGUCAGCGGACCAGACAAAAAUGGUUUUAAUGUUGGCAUACACAGAAACCUGCAGGAGGUAUUUGGAGAGAAUCGGAGACUGUGGUUCAUUCCCGUCUUCACAAGCCAAGGGAAUGGUCACUACUUCCCCUUGAAGAAUCAGAAUUCUGAGUCUCAGAAUCUCUUACUAGCUAAUGAGGACAUGUGGGAGGAGUCCGAUGACUACUCUGAGGAAGUUAGUCUGGCUGAGGACCGAGACAUCUCUGUACAGAUGGAGGAGGACGAGUGAUUUAAUGUUAAGGAUGAAUUUUACUGGUACAGAGGAUGUAAAUGAAAAUCACACACUGCGCACCACAGGGCAGAUGCAUUCCAAAUCGUCCUUUACUGACACUGGAGACAAAAAAAAAAAAAAAAAAAAACGUGAAAGGGGGCCAAAAGUGUGGAUUUGAAAUCUGCAUUUGGAUUGUCAUUGCCACUCAGAUGGGUGUUUUACAUAAUGACAGCCAGUAGCAUCAUCUCUCCUCUCCAGGACGACAGCUUCAGUUUGAUUUGGAAAAGAAAAAAGAAAAAAAAAACAUGACUAUAUUACCUCGGGAAAAAGGUGACUGCUGUUUAACAAGAACUGUAUAUUUCCCUGUGGAUGCUCAUCUCAAGGCCCUGGCCUCUCUGUGAAUUACCGUUACUCUGGAAGCUUAGGUCUGGUUCUGUACUUUUGUAAAUGUUCUGUUUGAGGGUCGGGCUCCGAGUUUACAGCGUCACACUUCAGUUUUGUCCACAUCGGGUGACAUCUAAUUCUAACACCCAGAAUGCUCCAGGGAUCUAUUGUAGUGACUCAGUGCUCUUGCAGAACAUAAAUAUGAGAUUUUUGUUUACUUUUAUUCUACAAACAUAUUGGAAUACCCAACUGAACCUGCGCGCCUUAUUGAUAUAUAUUUAUUCUAGUGUUUUGGGAGUGUAUUUCUCCUGAGAAUGUAUCUGAGAUCCUGCUUGUAAUUAGACCGUGCCAACAUAUGUGGCAACUACGUAUUUAUAACUUUCACAUAUUAUGCUUUAAUCAACAAUAAUAUUGGGUGAAAAUGCCAUCAUCAAUGUCUUAUAAGAUGGGUGACAGCAAUGAAAAAAAACAAAUAUAAGAGUGUUGCUCUGGUUUGCAGCUGCAGCUCAAUGUGUUUGGAAAAGUAAAAACUAGAUUUUUAACUGUGACAUAGAAAAAUGCAGCUCUUCCCAAUUAAACUUGAACUUGCACUGCCUACAGCUUGAUUAAAAGCCUAGCUCAUUUACAAGUGCAAUGGUUGAGUGCUCCUGUGAAGGCAGGUGGCUAUGAAGACAGGCAGCCCAUCCAAUCCUGUGACAGCCACAGAUACAAGAUUGUUUAAAAAAGUAUUUCUUCAACACAUUUAUCACAAAAAUGUUUGAAAAUAAUAAAAACGAAGCCUAACUUUGUUUAAAUGACAUUUUUGUGUCAUUUCUUGAAUAAGUUCCAUAUCAUUCAUUCAAUGGCUACAGUGAAGAUUUUUCAAAAUGCAGUAAUAACUUUCAGUGUCUGGGGUGCAAGUGCAAGAUCAUACUGUGAUAUUUUUAGAAGAAUAACUUCUCAUGAUCUUUUUCCCUACCAUAUCAAGCAUCCUCAGUACACUGACAUGUGUGUGGAUGUAAAAUAACGGGAAAACGUGAGAUUAGCUUUCUUGUGAGAAGAGAUCUAGGGUGUUAUCUGUUUUUUUCAUGCUGAUGACUGUACAUAUAUGAUGUAAACUGAUCUUCAUCCGCUGGCUGGUGCAGUUCAGCUGUCCUUUGUAAUAUGAUGCUCAAAAUAUUUACUACAUAUGUUCAUGUUUUUAGAGAUUUUUCUGUUUUGGUUCAUGGAUUUAUGUAUUUAGCCAGUGUACACCAUGUUAUUCAGUACAAGUGAAAUGUUGGGCCUUCAGGCAUCAAACCUUGAUGCUGUUUGAUCUCGACACUUUUUACUUGCUUCCUCUUAUCUUUUUUUUUCUAUGUUGGGUAAGCCAAACUGAAUGCUGCUCAUGCCUGACAAAUCCAUAACAAAUAUGUCACUUAUUAGUUAAAAGUGUAUGGUAUGUGAGGUAUGAUUCUGUGUUUGAAAGCCUGUUUAAAAUGUUUGGUAAAGAUGUGGAUGUUGAGUGUUUAAUGUAGUCUGGUGUCUGUUUAUUGUUACAAUGUUCAGCUUUUAUCCUGUGUAUUUUGUUUACUGAUUCUUAACAGCUGCAGGCAGUGUCUGUAUAUUUUGCUCCAUCAAGUGACACUUGAAAAAACUAUUAAAGUAAUGCACACUUAUCAAAUAGAAGGUUAUUUAUAAGAUGAAAAGGUGACA